AUGACAACUCCGAUAACUUUGUAUCGAAAUGCAUAUUUCUCUCCAUUUGAUUCUCGUUAUUUAUUAAGUAAUCUUUCAUCCAUCAAUUCAACUAAUUCAUGUCUUUGUCAAUGUUCGUCCAAUCCACUUUGUUCCACACUGAUUUAUUCUUCCAAAGCUCAAUUCUGUAUUCUUUUCUUCGCAAAUCUCAAUCAAGGUCAAUUGAAAUUGGUGACAACCAAUAUCGAUACAAACGUGUAUAGUUUCAACAAUCGAAGCUCGACAAAUAUAACAAUUAUGACACCAAUAAACGAGACUUUGCAUCCGAUUUGGAACACUACAGCUGGUGACAAUAGUCUAGCUGCUUAUUCUGGUUAUCAGCCUGGUUCAUAUUGGCCUGCUCAAUCAGCCGUGAAUAUCUUCGAUGGCAACCUAACUACAGAGUUUACAAGUCAUGGUGUAUGUAAUAUCUCUUUGUAUUUGUCACGAUGCGGACAAAAUACUGGUUUCUACUUCACACCUCAAUCUGGAUCGAUGAUUCUUGCUGGGUUUCGUUUAGGUACAAGUAUUCAUAGUUCUUUACGUGAUCCAUUGUUAAUGACGAUCGAAGGAAGUAAUUCCAGUGGAUCGUCUCUCACUUCAGGAUCGAGUUGGACAUUGAUCUAUAAUGGAUCUUCAGGACUCCUCUCAGAUCCUGGAAGAGGUCAGUGGGGAACAAUACAACCACUUUUUGGUCCUUUUCUACGAUUUUCAACUUUUCGCUUUCUUGUUCCAACAAAGAGAGGCGCGCAGAACUCUGCAGCAUAUUCCGAACUUCGAUUACUAUCCUACUAG